AUGACCGCUUGUGGCUUCACCGUGGUGCCACGAAGCGUUGAGGAGUGGGGGGUUGCACCUGCCAGUGGGGAAUGGCCAGCAUAUGGCUUCAAGCAUCCGGAGCUCGUUUGCAAGAAUCGAUCGGGUGGACCAACAGUCGUGCAUCGUCUCCGCAGCGUUGCGCAGUUUCCCCCGUUCCUCACACUCUGUCUGGGCGCUUGCUGGGGUUGUACGAUAGAAAAGACCGAGGACUGCAGCGUCGAUUGGGUCAAGGGCCGAGUGGGUGGUGGGCUCCUACCACCUCGAGCCAAGGCACAAAAGCGCCAUCUGCCGGGUCAAGAGGGCUCCGCAGCAGAGGCCGUCGUUCCUGACAGCUCCGAUAACGAUGGUCCUCGAGUCGGACCUGCAGAUCACACGGAUGUUGUCCCCGAGACGCCUCGUAAGAAACAGAAAGGCGAGGAUACUACUCAGAAUGACCAUCGCGAAGGACGUCAAGACAAUCGAUCUCGCCCAAGGCCUAGUAUGACCCUCGGUAUGUCAAUUGUUGCCUCAAUCAAUAUUUAUCCCCGGGCACUCGACCCUCGCGCUCAUUCUCUUCCCAAGGCUGACACGUUACGUCAGAGCAAGUGGAGCCACGCACACUUUUGUCAAAUUUCAUCAAUGGCAUGA